CUCGACAUUUGCGCCACACUGUGUACGAAGACUACCGAUUGAUAACAAUGAUAACAAAUGCAUGCGUAAUUAGUAUAAUGUGAUUCGCGGUUAUCCGAAUUUCCCGUGCCGACUUGCUGAGAUAUUUGUUGACUGUUGAUUGUUGACCGUUCUCUAAAAGUUUCAUUAUGGAAGACUGUGUGGGCUUUAAGGGUACGCUAGAAGUUUUGUUUGAUACCACUUAUAAAUAUGAUGCAAUUAACACUCAUUGUAUGAUUUUUUUUGUGUUUACAGUUCUUCCGGUGAAAGUAAAUGAAAAGUCCACAGUUGUUCGUCAUUUAUUUUUAAAAAUGAAUACAACCAGAGAGAAAUGCCCUCAAAAGCCUGAAUAUCAAACUCUUUUUGUGAUUGGUGUUCCUGAAUUUUGCGAAGAAGUAAUAUUAAAUAUCUAUAAAAAAUAAUUUUUCCAAUAUAUUUUAUUUAUUUAUUCUAAUUAAUUACUGAGUCACUACUUAUUAUUGAUGUAUACAAUUCCAAUUCUAACUUAUGUUUGGCAUUAUAAAACAUUAACGAAAAUUGUGUACUUUAAGCAUCAAUUUGUUUUUGUUAUAUUACUUAGUUAAAUCUAUAUCUAAUACGCUGUAUUUACAUCUCCGAUCAGAGUCUGAUAUACACAGUAACUUUUGUUUAGAUCAUUUUUAAAACUUAAAUAAAUUGUUUUGAUGUUACAGUUUAGUAGGAAUUAAAUACCAUGUAUCAUUUAUUUUUUAUUUUUUAAUGCAUAUAUUUAAUAAUAACUUUAAAUUUUAAAUUUUGUACUAUCAUUAUCCUUUCAAUUUAAAUUGUGUCACUAUAGAAAACACUGAAACAUGCAUUUAAUCACUGUGGAAAAAUUAAGUCUGUGUUUUUCCAUAAAGAACCCACUCCUGUCGAACCAGAAGUAUUUCCAUCAAAAUAUUUUGUUCCUGAAUCUAUUAAAGUAUGAAAACAAUUGAUAUUUGCAUAAAUGAUAUAUAAUUUGAAUAAUGUUAUAAUUUAGGGUUAUAAAGUGGCUUAUAUUGUAUUUGCUCAUACAUCGGGUCUAGAAAACGCAUUGUCAUUGAAAUGUACAGAAAGUGAACCGCUCAUACUGUCUACACAAUCUGCACCAGUCACAAAUAUUAUUACCCGUAUGUAUUCAUAUAUAUAUAAUCUAUCUAUAUAAAAUUAAAAUUUAUUUUCUUAUUUUUUUGAUAAUUACCUAAUAAAAUUAUUUUUGUUAGGAUGGUGUAAAAAUUACAAUGGCAAUAUUAUCGACUCAAAAGCAGUACAAUCUGAAAUUGAUGUAUAUAUGGCACAAUAUGACAAGAUGACAUCAGAAAGAGUAAAAGUAGAAAAAGAGUUAAUUGAUGAAGAUGAAGAUGGAUGGAAAACAAUUACCAAAAAGUAAAUUUUCAUUGAGUUGAGACACAUUUGUUGUUGAAUAUAUCAUUUUCCAUUUUGGCAACAUAAGACAUUAAUAAUGUUUUUUUAAAAUAUCUGAAUCUAACAAUGUUUUAAAUUUUAAAAUAAUAGUGCAAUUAAUUAAAAUUCCACUGCCAUUACACUAGGUAUCACUGAUAGUUAACUAGUACUUUGAAAUCAAAUUUUCAUAAUAUGAUUUUAAUGUUAACUGUCAUAAUAAAAUUAGUUAUUAUUUGUAAUUAAAUGUUAAUCAAUUUAAAUCAAAUUACCCCAUACCUAUUAAUAUAAAAUAUUUAUAUUAUAGACUAUAUUUAUUAAUGUAGAUGAUUAUUGCACUCACGAUGGGGAAAAACAUUGCACUAUUGUUAGCACUGAUUGAAAAGUUUUUUGAACUGAAAACACUAAAAGAGACUUGUAUUUCUUGAAAAUUUGUAAUAAAUUAUUUAAAUUAAAUUAGUAUUAAAUACUGGCCAUUUAUUAAAAUUUCAUGUUCAAAAUGGUUUUGUAUAGUAACUUAGUUAUUUAUGAUUCAUACUUUUUAUCUUGUGUAAAAUAUAAUUGGUAUUUAUUCAUUUGAUUUUCCAAUUAAUUAAUUUUAGAUCACUUAAUUUAUUUAUUUGAUUAUAUACAAAUUAUUACAGAGGAAGAAAUCCAGGAUUUUCGCGGAAAGAAACGACUAAGAAUAAUAUACUGAACAAAGUUGCCAAGAAAAAAAUUAAGAAAACACUUAAAAACUUUUAUAGAUUCCAAAUAAAAGAAACUAAAAUCAACAGUAAGUAUAUUAGUUUCUAUAUUAUCCAAAAAAAAAUAUAUUUAUUUUAAAUAAUAUUUGAUUUUCAGAACUAAUGGAAUUACGCAACAAGUUUGACAGUGAUAAAUCAAAAAUUGAAUUAUUAAAACAGAGUAGGAAAUUUAAACCUUUUUAAUAAAAAUAUUAAAUAUAAAUUUAAUAAAUAUUAUUUUUCUUUUGUUUUAAUUAUUUUUACCAUGUUCUACAAAACUUUUAUGUAACUUGUUAAUGAUGUAUAGUUAGGAAUUCGACACAGCUUACUGACACGAAGAAGUAGAUAAUAUACAGUUUUUCAAAAAUUCAAAAAUAUUCAAAACAAUUAAAUGCAGUUUUACUGUGUAUCAUGCACAUAUAUUUCAUCUUUAAAUGGUAAUGAGUUCAGUUUCAACAUAUUUAUCAUCAAAAUCUGUUAAAAAAAAAAAUCACAUCUAUAUUUAUGAGAAAAUGAGAUUAUUCAUCAUGGUUAAUAAAUAAUAAUAAUACCUAUUUACACUAAGAGAUUUCAUACAAAGAUAUUUUCAAUAUUGAAAGCAAGUUAUUUUACAAUCUCAUUGUACAUUAGGCAUGUGCUAUGUAUUGUUGCUAACAAUAUAUUAUAUUAGUGAAGUUGAAAAAUCUUGUAUAUUAUGAUUUUUUACAAAUGCACGUCUUUGAAUUUUCUUUUUAGUAUAUUAUAAUAUCCUAAAUUUACUGGUGAAGUUAGUAUUGCACGUGUAUUUUUUGUAUCCAUAGAUUAUCCAAGAAUAAAAAAUAAAUAUGUCUAUAAAUAAGCAUAAUAUUAUAUAUGACUGGUGAAAACCCACAAAAUACCACAUAGUUCUGUGUAAAACUAAUUGUAAUGCAAUGCAUCAAACCUUAUACAAUUAUAUGAGUGGAUAACAACAUCGAUAAUUGUCUGACAAAAAGAGUUAUGAUUGUUAACUUUGAUAGAAAUUACAUUAGUGUUGCAUAUAAAAUAACUAUUAUACAAUAUCAGUGAUCCAACUUAUUAAUAAAUAAUAUAAUAUUAAUAAAUUAUUAAUAUUUGAACAAGAAAAAGGGGGUGAUAAUCAUGGUCAAAAACUUCUUUCUCAUUGAAUAAGUGGAUAAAAACUUGAUUAAUCACUAAAAUAGUUUAAUCAAAAAAGUAUUUUAUUUUAAUAACGAGAUUUAAUCUUAAAAAUUGUAUUUGGUAAUAUUAUAAGAAUUAAAAAUAAAAACAAAAGUACAUGUAAAAUAUUUCUUAACAGUAUAAAUAAUGUUUAGAAAUGUUUAUUUGCUACAUACAUGUAAAUGACUAAACAAAAUAUAAAUCUUAAUUACAAGUAUCAUAUUAAAGUGUAAGUGAAGACAUAUAAAAUCUUUAACAUUCUUAGUAUCAAAAUAAUUAAUACUUUUUAAUAAUCGUUUAAUAGUGUGAUUAGCUAAAUCUUGUAAAGGUAUACUUGCACUGUAUUCAUUUACCUCAACAUUGGCUAGAUAACAUUUCAUUUUCACCUCUUAUUUUAUCAUAUGGAGGACAUAAAUCAAGGUUUUUUUGUUAGAUGUAUAUAAACAUAUUUGUUACCUGAGUAUAAGCAAAUUCAAAAUGUUAAAAUAUUUUAAUUGAAUUGUAACUGUUGUUCAACGACUCCAGGAUCACGUGAGGAUAUCUACAGGUAUAUAUAUAUAUAUAUAUAAUAUAUAUCCAUAGCUUUUCAACACCGUGUGCAAGUAAAACAAUUUGUAUUUCUAAUUUAUUGAUUUCGCCACCAUUCUUGGACUCAUGACUCCAAGUCCCUCCAAAUAUCAGGAGAAAGGUAAUAACAUAAUAAUUAUUAUCUGAAUAACACUUUUUCUCUUUUAGAACUCUCCUACCUCUCUACAUUACUAUCACUUUUUUAUUGCCUUUAUAUCUGCUCUUAGUUUUUGAGUUAUAUUUAAAAUGUAUUUAUUGUUUCAGUUAUUACAACUCAAAUCAGUCAAAACACCUUGUGGAGUAAAUAUCUAACUCAAAGUAAAUAAACUCGAUUCAUUUAUUUAUUUAUAUAAAACAAAUGUAUGUCAAUUUGUUCUUUAUGCAUUACUAUACCAUUCAUCCGGUCGCUAAUGAAACUUUGAAAAAUUUUUUUCUUUAAUUGUUAAACAUUUAUGUAGAG